GGCGGGGCAGUUGUGGGUGGGCGUGGAGGUUGGAGGAGCAUCUGUGAGAUGAGUGUGCAGCCCCUGUGACUGUCAGAAGUUGUGUUCUUUACCUGCAGGGUUGCUUCUCUGGGUGGAGGGAACCUGGCCAACCCGCAUGCAGGCAGCUCGCGGAGCACCUGCUGCGCUGGCUGUUUGGGGAGCGCCUUGCCCCUUGGGGGCUGUCUGUCUGGAGUCCCAGGCUGUCCUCCCGGCCAAGGCUUUUGUGUCCCUUCGAGCCCUCCCCCGACAUUCCUUCAGGCUCAGAGAGGGACAGGGCCUAGUCAAUUAUGACCCCUCCUUGAGGGAGGGGAAGAUUCCUGAGACCUCCCCCACUCCCCUCCUCCUCACAUGCCACUGGCUCCCGGCCCCUCCCUGGGAGAGAGGGGUGAUGGUACCCAUUCUGAAGUAGGACAGCCUGAGAAUUUAUGGCUCAUUUAGGAGAGGAUGCCCUGGUAUAGGUUUUCAGCAGUUCUCUUUGGGCUGAGGCUAGGCCUGGGGCUGGAGUCCAGGUUUUUGGCUUAAAACCUAGAGCUCAUCUGACUGGCCCAAGGUGGCUGGGUGGGUGGUGAGUCCUGUGCUUUACUUGGCUUUCUCAAUCCUGGUGGGUCCUCCAGGCACUGACCUGUGGCCUGGACCCACCCUCCACCUCUGAUUCUGUGCAGUGGGGGUGGGCAGAGGGCGGGGCCACUGCCAGAUCUAGUCAGACAGGUGGAGCCGCCAGGGCAGGAGUCUCAAAGAGCCAGGCUCCUGGAGAGGAAGGGUGAGAGGAGAGCGUCUGAGACAGAGGAGAGGCUGGAGAGUCCUUAGCCAGGAUGGAGGCUGUUGUGAACCUGUACCAGGAGAUGAUGAAGCAUGCAGAUCCGCGGGUCCAGGGCUACCCUCUGAUGGGGUCCCCCCUGCUAAUGACCUCCAUCCUCCUGACCUAUGUAUACUUCGUUCUCUCACUGGGGCCUCGCAUCAUGGCCAACCGGAAGCCCUUCCAGCUCCGUGGCUUCAUGGUUGUCUACAACUUCUCACUGGUGGCACUUUCUCUCUACAUUGUCUAUGAGUUCCUGAUGUCUGGCUGGCUAAGUUCCUACACCUGGCGCUGCGACCCAGUGGACUUUUCCAACAACCCGGAGGCACUGAGGAUGGUUCGAGUGGCCUGGCUCUUCCUCUUCUCCAAGUUCAUUGAGCUGAUAGACACAGUGAUCUUUGUUCUCCGGAAGAAAGAUGGACAGGUGACCUUCCUACAUGUCUUCCAUCACUCAGUGCUUCCCUGGAGCUGGUGGUGGGGGGUAAAAAUAGCCCCAGGAGGAAUGGGUUCUUUCCACGCCAUGAUAAACUCCUCUGUGCACGUCAUCAUGUACCUGUACUAUGGAUUGUCUGCCCUUGGCCCUGUGGCUCAGCCCUACCUUUGGUGGAAAAAGCACAUGACAGCCAUCCAGCUGAUCCAGUUUGUCCUGGUCUCGCUGCACAUCUCCCAGUACUACUUCCUGCCCAGUUGUAACUACCAGUACCCAGUCAUCAUCCACCUCAUCUGGAUGUACGGCACCAUCUUCUUCGUGCUCUUCUCCAAUUUCUGGUAUCAGUCUUACACUAAAGGCAAGCGGCUGCCCCGUGUACUUCAGCAAAAUGGAGUUCCAGGUACCACCAAAGUCAAGGCCAACUAAGAAACAUGGCCUAGCUAGGUGCCCACCUAAGUGCCUCAGGACUGCACCUUGGGCAGCAGCUGUCAUUGUCCUCCCCAGCUACACCUGUGACCAGGGCUUAUGUGGUCAGGACUGAGCAGCAGACAGCUCUCUGCUCCCCACAGCUGGUACACAGAGACCACCGCUUCCGUUCCUCCCUGACUUCUCCCGGCCAGCCCCAGGGAUGUGGCCUCACUGCCCUCUGCCACUCCAGAGCCGGGGGCUGAAAGGGCUGGACACUUACUUCGCCCUCCCUGCCUUACACUUGGGAGAGGAGCACUCAGGGCUGGCCCCCACCAGGGUCUUGUGGCCUUUUUCCUCACACUGAAGAGGUCAGCAAUAAUCUGUCACUGUGGACCCAGGCUCCCCCUUUCUCCACCCCACAAUGAAGUAGGAGAUUCUUGGCCAAAGGUCAGGGUGGGUGGGGGGCCUGGGAAUAUAGCCUGCGGAGGCUGCUCACUCCUUUAUGUCUUUAUUAAAAGUGACAGAGGAAA